AUGAGUGUUUAUAAAAGAUACCUGGAAGAAUUCAGCCACGAAGAAUCAAGGCUUGUCGUUAAGAUGGAAGACUUUGAUUUUGGUGAUGUAAUUGGAAAAGGUGGAUUUGGUGAAGUUCAUAGAGCAAUUUACAAAAAAACAGGAACAGAAUGUGCAAUAAAACAAAUUUUCGCAGAAAGAUUAGAAGGAAAUCGAUUAAGAAGAUAUAUUGGUGAAAUUGAAACCUUAGCUCGUUGUGAUAAUAUGUUUUUAGUUCCAUUCAUUGGUUUUACAGCACAACCACCAUAUACAAUCGUAACAGAAUUUAUGCCGAAUGGCUCUCUCGAUAAAUACGUUAGAAAGAAAGCUGGAGUUGAGCCUCUUUCUGGAACUCAACUUACAGCCAUCGCAAUUGGUAUAGCACAUGGCAUGUGUCAUUUACACUCAUUAGGUAUUAUUCACAGAGAUCUUAAAGCUGCUAAUAUUUUACUCGAUUCUCGUUUAUUCCCAAGAAUUUGCGAUUUUGGUAUUGCCAGAUUCGAAGAACACGGAUCAGUUGGUAUGACAGCUAAGAUUGGCACACCUAACUACAUGGCUCCAGAACUUAUUCAGUCUACAAAUUACGAUAGAAAAGUCGAUGUUUAUGCAUUUGCAAUGAUUUUAUACGAAAUGAACGAAAAUGUUCGUCCUUUCAGAGGCCUUAAAGUCAAUGAUAUAUUCAAAGCUGUUAUACAGAACGACGAAAGACCCGAAUUUACAAAAGUUACUCCUCAAAAAAUGCAGGAGCUUAUACGCAGAUGCUGGCAUAGAGAACCAGCAGAAAGACCAACAUUUGAAGAAAUUAGAGAUGAAUUUGCAAGGGGAAAAGUUGCAUUUCCAGGUACUCAUCUAUAUGAUAUCCAAAAAUUCCUCCAAAUUAUCGAUAAAGAUGAAGAAAUGAGAGAUAAAAUGGCUCAAGAUCAAUCAACUACAUCAGAUAGUAUCAUUGAGCCAGGAAAAUCAGAGUCUGAAUCAGAUUCACCGGCACCAUCUCGAAAGAGUUCAUCAGGAUCAGCUCCAUCGCAACCACAAGACCAAAGACAAUAUCAGUCCAAGCAACAACCAGUAAAACAAAGCGAACCAACGAUUUCAUCUCAUUAUAGUUAUACAUCAACAACAGAAGAAGAGGAAACAUCAGAAUCCGCCCAUGCCGAUGAGAUUCUUGGUGAUUAUAACAAUACUCUUUUUGUAAGAUAUCUUGAAUAUUAUGCAAAAACCAUUGAACCGAUCCAAUUCCCUCCAUUCUGGGAUCCUAUCAGCAAACAUGUCAAUCCGAGGACUCCUCCAGAGAUUUUGAAUACAAUUAUGACAAAUUGCAGAUUAAUGAUGAAGCGAAACAAGCAAUUUAUCGAAUUAUUUGAGAAAGCUAAGUUCUUUACAUCAUAUCCUGUUAGUCCACAAACUGCUGAUGCCAUUGCUGAUUGUUAUGAAAUAUUAUUUGUUGAUUCACCGAAAUUCCUUGGCCAACAGCACUGCGAGACCAUUACUCAGAUGAUAAAAUUGCGUCCUGAAAAGAUGCUGAUCCUCUACAGCUUCUACAUCAAGCAAUUACUUUCAUUACCUAAUCCUUGGCCGAUUCUCGACAAUCUUUUCUCUUUUCUCCACGAACUUAAUGAUAAACCAUGUGGUUACAUGUAUCUUGCCAUAUUCCAUUACCUCAUAACCAAAUACGAAAUGUACGCGAAAGAAAGAAGAAUUCACAUUCGUUCGAUUUUCUUGAUGUACGUCAAUUCCAAAGACGUCAGAACGAUUUGUGCAGCGUACAAUGGUUUGGCCAUUAUCUACGGUGAUGUCGGAAGUGGCUUGGAUUACACAAGAGCCGCUCAACAUUUAUUAGAUGAUGAAAUAUGGCAAAGUGUAAUGACACUUUUAUUGAAGAUAGAAAAGAUUCCAGCAUCUGUUCCAUUGUUGAAUGCACUUCUUUACAGAACGAAUGAGAGUCCUCUUCCAUGGAUAGUCAUUCUCAAGAUGGCAUCAAACAAGACAGGCCCUGAAUUCCUCCUCGAAAAUACUCAGUGGAUGAAUGAAAAUAAAAAACAUCCAAUCGAAGUAAUGAGAGUUUUCUUGGUCAUUUUCAAGGCAAAAGAGAAUCGUUCGAAGGCGACAUCACUUGAAGGAUUCCCUACUCUUCUAACUGCUGCUUUGGCUGCUGAUCCACACAGAAUGCACUUCGUUGUUUCGUCAACAAUAAGAAGAGCUGAAUUAAAUGAAAAUUUCCUCAAAAGAUUGAGUGAAAGCGGUUUUUUGGCGAAAUAUAUUGAAUUGACGAUACAAGCGAAUAAGCCACGUAUAUUCACUAAUGCUCUCAGUACAUUUGAUAAGCUUUCUCAUGUUUGUUUCGUUCCUGAUUAUAUUACUUUCACAUCUACUUUAGUUGAGUUGCUUUCCGAGAAAAACCAUGCUGCUGAUGCUAUAUCUGUCAUUGUUUCUAUGAGUUUCUAUCCCCAAGUCUGCAAAGAACUCAAAAAGAAAAAUUUGAUAACUUAUUUCGAAAAUUUGACCAAAUACGACAAGUACAAGAAGAUGGCUGAGACAUUCCUAGCAAAUGCAAAGAAAGUUUGA